AUGAUUCCGGACGACAUGCUCUCCAUGCGCAGCUUCAAGACCGUCCUGGUUUUGCUGGCGGGCUUCGUGGCCUGGAGGAUCAUUUACGCCCUCUUCCUGUCGCCACUGCGUCGAAUACCAGGCCCUCUGUUGUCCAAGGUCACCUACAAGUGGCUUCUGUUGGUCGAGCUCGCGGGCAAGAGAACCAGGACGGUAGCGGCCCUCCACGACCAAUAUGGCCCCGUCGUGCAGCUUUCCCCCGAUGAGAUCAGCUUCAACGCUAUCGACGUCGUGGACCAGAUUUACGGUCAGAAUACCGACUUUGCCAAGGCACAAUGGUAUAAGCGCAUGACCCGCGGGGGCGUCUUCAACGAAACCGAUAUUUCCAUCCACAGGCACAAGCGCAGGAUGCUGAACCACGUCUUUGCGCAGUCCAGCGUCAACGACAUGGAGCCCACCAUCCGGCACGAGAUGCGCAAGCUGCUCGACCGCAUCGAGGAGCGACGCCAAAAGGAGCCGAUUGAUAUGCGCCACUGGCUGCGCAUGCUAGCUUUCGACGUCUCCACCAUGGUCUUCUUCGGUCAGGCCGCGGGCGGCCUUGACAGCCAUCAGAUUCCGCAGUACGUCAAGGAUCUAGACAACGCCUUCUUGAUCUGGGACCUGCGGGGCCGCUUCCCAACAAUGUCCUGGCUGUUUGCCAAGCUCCCACUGAAGUCGGUCCAAUUCUUCUUCCAGUCAGAUGACCGCAUCUACGAGUACGGCGCAGAGCGGUUCCAGCAAUACAUUGACAAAUACGGCCGGACCUCGCAGCGCAAAGACCUAUUGACCAAGCUCAUCCGCAAGGAGCCGGGACAAGACGAUGGUCUUACUGACGAGCAGAUCUCGGGCGAAAUCGCCAACCUGACCUUCGCGGCGACCGACACAGCAGCGCUUACCCUGCUCUACCUGUUCUGGGAGCUGGCACAAAUGCCCGAGCUCCAGCAGCAGCUUCGAAACGAGCUCAGCGCUGUGCCCAUGCACAAUGGAAUCCCAGAGCACAAGCACCUGUGGAAUCUUCCCCUGCUCAAUGCAGUCAUCAACGAGACCUUGAGGAAGCACUCUCCCGUCGUUAUGGGUCUUCUCCGCGAGGUGCCCCCAGGUGGAAGGGAAAUGGAAGGUUACUUCAUUCCCGGCAAGACUGUCGUGUCAAUGCCGUCAUACACUGCGCAUCGAGACCCCGAGGUAUUCCCUGAACCAGAAGCCUUCAAACCAUCUCGCUGGCUCGAGACAAAUGGUGGCACCGAAGAGAUGAGGAAGCUGUUCAUGCCCUUCACCAAAGGUACUCGGCAAUGCCUGGGUCAGUCGAUGGCCAUUUUUGAGAUGCGCAUCAUUAUCGCCACGUUCAUCAAGAACUACGUCCUAGGCAUUAGCAGGAAGACGAGGCCGGAGGAUAUGGAUUUUGUGGAUUACUUUUUGAUGAUACCCAAGGGUGAGCACAUUUGGUUCGACCUUGCUUCAGCUGAGAAUGCAUGA